GUCGCACUUCCUGCUCGGCGGUAAAGCGUGUGCUGGUUUGCGGAGCACAAACGUUAUUGUGACGAAAAGUUACAACAUUUACUAAUUCCCACACAGAAUUAAAUAGAACAGAAAUGAGUUUACCUCUGAACCCAAAGCCAUUCCUGAAUGGCCUGACAGGAAAACCAGUGAUGGUGAAACUGAAGUGGGGUAUGGAGUACAAGGGCUACCUGGUGUCAGUGGAUGGGUACAUGAAUAUGCAGCUGGCAAACACAGAAGAAUAUGUGGAUGGAGCUUUGGCAGGUCACCUCGGUGAAGUGCUUAUCAGGUGCAAUAAUGUUUUGUACAUCAGAGGUGUAGAAGAGGAGGAAGAAGACGGGGAGAUGAGGGAGUGACGUGCUGUAGUGACUCGACCUGUUGCUCUGAGUGUGACCGUACCUCGUAGCCGACUUUAUGUGUGUUUGUGUUUUCACCAUGUGAAACCAAUGAACGCUUGGGGGUUUUUGGUUAUUUGUCCAGCAGUUUUGAAAAUGAUUUUUUUUCUACUUUAUGUAAGGCCAAUUUUUUUUGUGACAUUGUGAUACAGACACAAUAAAUGAUUAUACCCUUU